UCCGCUGGUCCUGUCUACGAUGGCUUCUUGGGCUCUCUACGUGCUGACUUGAAAACAUGCAUCCGUACCAAAGCACCUGCGUUGGAGAAGACGACUGUGAGAGGCAUACUCAGCGAGAUGAAGAACCUCGAAAUCGAAAACCACGGCUCCGUCGUGGACGAAUUCAAGAUCUACGACCACUUGAACAAGCUCGUGAAGCAGAGAAAGGAGACUGCCAGCGAGUACCUCAAGCCUGACCAGCCAGAACGUUUCAAGGAGCUAGCACAGAAGGAGCUCGACGAGGCGAAGAUCAUUAACAAGUAUCUAACGGCCUUACCUGUGGCUUCCGAGGAUGAGAUUGUCGCCAAGCUCACUGAGUUGAUGAAGACAGAGAACAUCACCGACAAGCGGAAGCUGUUCCAAAAGAUUCCUUGGGGCAAGAUCAACAAGGAGUGGAGAGCCAGUAAGGGUGCGGUUAGCAAUGCCAUC